GGGUGGCUGCGGGCCCCCGUGGGAAACCCCGGUCACACAGGGCGCUUUCGCUCCCGCCUCCGCUCCCUCCUCCUUCCUGGCAGCAGGAUCCGGCCACUGCGGCGAGAAAGCUUCCCCCGUCCCCCGGGCGUGCGGUCCCUUCGCUGCGGCGCCCCGACAUGAAGUGGCUUUGGGUGGUGGCUUUUGUGGCACCCGCCUGCGCUGCUCCCUACACGGCAGGGGACACCGGGGACGGAGGCCCCUGUGCCCUGCAGCACGGCGCCCUGGGCACGGAGGUGCUGCUGCGGUGCCCGGCUGCCGCGGGGAGGCCCGCCGAGUGGCGCCGGGGGGGGACAGCCCUAGGGACGUAUCCUGCCCCGGGGCUGGCCCUCCCCAACGCCAGCCUGGCCCACGAGGGCCACUACAGCUGCCACCACCCCGGCACCGGUGAGACCUGGGCCAGAAUCUGCCUGCGGCUGGGCUAUCCCCCCGCGCUGCCCGCCGUGGAGUGCUGGGCCAUCAGCUACCCGCAGGCUGUCAACUGCUCCUGGCUCCUUGCCCCCGAGCCGCUGCUGGACACCGACUUCGUGGCCACCUACAGGCACGGCGUGUGGGGGGCCGCGGGGAGCAACGAGUGCGUCCGCACGGGGCCGCGGAGCUGCUCCUUCGGGGACCUGCAGAUGUUCUCCCUCACCCCCUACGUGCUGAACGUGACGGCCACCAACGCGCUGGGCACCGCCUCGAGCCUCCUGCCUUUCCUGGUGGAGAACAUCAUAAAGCCGGACCCUCCCGAGGACCUGCGGGUCUCGCCCAUCCCCGGGGAGACCAAGAAAUUGCUGCUGGAGUGGAGCCCGCCGGGGUCUUGGCCCUUCCCGGAGUACUUCCCGCUCAAGUACCGCAUCCGCUACGCGCGGGAGGGCUCUGUCACCAGAACGAUCGGGCCCUACGAACAGACGUCCUACACCCUGACGGGGGUGCGGCCCGGCACCCUGCACCGCAUCCAGGUGGCUGCCAAGGACUUCACGGACUACGGGGAGUUCAGCGCCUGGAGCCUGCCGGCCUCGGGGACGCCCUGGACGGAGCCGUGAGAGGCAGAGCGGGGCCGGCGUCGGGUCCCCCCCUGCUCCUCCUCAGGGACCCCACACACCCCGUUCGCUCUAUCCCCGUGCCCCUCAGAAGCCAGCAGAGCCCCCUGGCUGGCCGUGAAGAGGCAAUAAACCAUCUUGAGGCUCUGGCCUCGGCCCCGUGA